UGUCCCCCGGGCUCCCAGUUCCUCCAGCGCCAACACUGCUCUGCAUUAUCCUGCUUCAUUUAGCCUUUUCAGACCUCUUUUGUCACUUUGACAGGAAACUUUUAUCCAUAUUUUUUAGGAACCACCCAGUCCAUCAUUUGUAGCUCCCCUUUGACGCAGGUUUGGAUUUGUUUCUGCAAAGAUUGUUUUCAAAACUUUUUUUUCCGGCUCACUGCAUGUGGAUUCUGAAACAUCCCAAACUUUCAUCUUUAAGUCAUCCCCACUGAGAGAAAGCAUCUCUCCGGCUGGCUUUCUGACCGGGAUGCGGGUGGCCAUGAUUGUUUACUGAGCUCAAACUAACAGAGACGUGGAAGCAUCGCCUGCAUCCUUUUCUUUUGUCUCGGUCGCAUCUCUGCCUCUUUAAUCAGAUAACUGUCUCUGGGAUGUAAGAAGACGCUCAAACUUUUUUUGCUUUUUUGCUUGUUAUCCACAAAGGAAUUAACUUUUAUUUUUCCUCGAGGAGAAACUAUGGCGAGACUUUUGUUGAACAUGCGUCUUGUUCUGGUUUUAUUCGGAUUAUUUUUGCUGUCUUCUCCAUCCGCAAGAGCCGAGCCGGAGCAGCCGGACGAGGAGGAGGAGGAGAGUUCCUGUCAGGGCGCUUUUGACCUGUAUUUUGUGCUUGAUAAGUCUGGCAGUGUGAAGAAUCACUGGGAGGAAAUCUACUACUUUGUGGAGAAUUUAGCUGAGAAAUUCAAAAGUCCUAUGCUGAGGAUGUCCUUCAUUACAUUCUCCUCCAGAGCAUCCACCAUCAUGAAACUGACGGAAAACAGAGUGGACAUCAGAAAGGGGCUGAACGCUCUGAAGAGAGAGAUUCCUGGUGGAGACACAUUCAUGCACCUUGGGUUGCAGAGGGCAAAUGAGCAGAUUUACAGGGAGAACUUUGGCACAGCCAGUGUUAUUAUUGCGCUGACAGACGGAGAGCUGCAGGAACAUCAGCUCAUCACUGCGCAACAAGAGGCAGAGAGAGCCAGGUCUCUUGGAGCUAUUGUUUACUGCGUUGGUGUCAAAGACUUCAAUGAGACUCAGCUGGCCACCAUUGCAGACACCAUCGAGCACGUGUUUCCUGUGUUGGGCGGCUUCCACGCCCUCCGGGGAGUCAUUGAUUCGAUAAUCAAGAAGUCCUGCAUUGAGAUUUUGGCAGCUGAGCCCUCCAGUGUGUGUGCAGGAGAGUCUUUCCAAGUGGUGGUGAGAGGAAACGGAUUUCUCCACGCCAGGAACAUCAACCAGGUGCUCUGCAGCUUCAAAAUCAACGACACUGUUACAGUCAAUGAAAAGCCGGCGCGUGUAGAAAACACAUUCUUACUGUGUCCAGCUCCUGUCAUCGAUGAAGUUGGGAAGGUGAUUUAUCUCCAAGUGAGCAUGAACGACGGUCUGUCCUUCAUCAGCAGCAACGUGCACAUCACCACCACAGAGUGUUUUGACGGCACCAUUCUCCUCAUCACCCUGCUGGUGUUGUUCCUGCUGCUGGCCCUGCUCUUCCUGUGGUGGUUCUGGCCUCUCUGCUGCACUGUGGUGAUUAAAGAACCACCUCCUCCACCUCCUCCUGAGCCUGAGAGUUCAGAUGAUGAAGAUGGCAUGCCCAAGAAGAAGUGGCCCACUGUGGAUGCCUCAUAUUACGGAGGAAGAGGAAUCGGAGGGAUCAAGAGGAUGGAGGUGCGCUGGGGAGGGAAGGGCUCGACUGAGGAGGGGGCUAAGCUGGAGAAGCCAAAGAAUGCUGUGGUGAAGAUGCCAGAGCAGGAGUACGAGCCCUUUGAGCCCAAACCUAAGAAACCUCACAACAAGAAGCCGCCUCAGAGCCGGAAGUGGUACUCGCCCAUCAGGGGUAAACUGGAUGCUAUCUGGGCCCUGUUUCGCCGCGGGUACGACCAGGUCUCCCUGAUGAGACCCCAGCCCGGGGAUCAUGGUCGGUGCAUCAACUUCACCAGAGUGAAAGAAGAGUCAGCAGCAGCCAGGGCCCCACCUCGCACCCCGAUCCACACACCCAUGCCCCCGCCACCGGACUACCGCCCUGUGACCACCCCCCCGUCUCCCACUGCCGCCAGCCCUCCUGUCAGAUCACCCCCAUCAGGCCAGUUACCCCCAGGACCACCACCAGCCCGCACACCCCCGGGGCUUCCCUCUGCCCCGCCAUCGCGCCCCCCGCCCACCCUCCGACCCUGAAUCACACAGACAAACCCCUCCCCACGCACCCGCUUUGAUAUCACAGACUUACCGCUCUGUUGACCAGAUCUUUCAGUUUGAAGGUCUGGUCCUCGCUGCCAAAGAUAUUCCUGCUAUAAGCCAAAGAUCAGCAGUAUUUUCAAUCCCAGUUGUUCUGUGUUCCUCUUCUUGUAUGGGAGAGAGUGUCAAGUCAAACUAUAAACUGGCAGUUUAAGUCACGUCAAACAUGCUACCACCUAGCAUGCUAAACUCAGGAGGAAACGAUGUAGGAAUACCAGGGUAACUCCAUGCCCAUGUUUAUGUGCAAAAAGUUUGACUUGUCAGUUUGUCCCACACAGAGGGUGAAUGUGGUGAUUCGGGGAAAUAUUUACUUAGUGUUGGCGUUUGUGAGAUCAGGGAGGAUUGUUGCUGGACAGCAAAGCAUGUAGGGACAGGAAGUCCAUAGAAGAAUACUGCAAUGGAUGAAAUUUCUUUGUUGUCUUUAUCCACUACUGAGCUAGGCCAUAGUUUUUCAGGAGUUAAGGCGAAAAGUAGGUGGUGCAUGAAAAUCUGAGAAACCAGGUGAAACCUGGGGCAGAAUGGAUUGGCUUUUUUCUCCAUUGCUGUGACAGUGAAUCAGAGAUUUUGUGAAUAAGAUUUCAAAGAAAUUUAAAUUGGUCACGUUGUUAACAGCGUUCAGUAACUGAGAUACUGAGAUCUGAUUUACUUUUUUGGACAUUGUUAUUUGUUCUCAGUGCCAAAGUGAUUUUUUUCUUCAAAUUUUUGUGAUGUUUCUGUUGUCCAACAACAUGCUAACAUAUUCCUGCCCUUUAAAAGGACAUUUUCCCCCUAAAAUCAAAAAUGCAUAUGUUUCCUUUCACCUGUAGUGCCGUAUAUCAAUCUAGAUUGUUGUGGUGUGAGUUGCUGAGUGUUGGAGAUAUCAGACAUGGAGAUGUCUGCCUUCUCUCCAAUAUAAUGGAACUAGAUGGUACUUGGCUUGAGGUGCUCAAAGAGUCCAAAACGUGCAUCUGCUCAUGGACGAUAGGCUUGUGCUCAUAUCAGCACUAGAUGGAAACAUUAAUGGUGUCCUCCGUGGCUUAGCUGUAAGGUUAGCUAGCUCGGUGGUGCUAGAUAAGCUAGCAGUAGAUGCACACUUCCUGUUGUGGGGGGUAUGGUUGGUUCAGUUCAGUAGAAAGAGAAAAGUUCCUACAUGAAACUGCUCACAACAAAGUCUGUGGAUUAUCUUGAGUAAAGAGGUCAUGAUUUCUAGAAAAAGAGAUAUAACUGAGCACCACAAGCUGAGUGCCAUCUACUUUCAUCAUAUUGAAAAGAAGGCAGACAUCUCAAUGGCUGAUAUCUCGAACACUCGGCAACUCACACCAAAGCAAAUAGGAUUAAUAAACGGCGCUGCAGGUAAGAGUGAAUAUGUAUUUGUGAUUUUGGGGGUGAACUGUCCCUUUAAUACAGAAAUGAUACAGUUACAUGAUUUGUGGUCCAGUUUUUGUACCAUUCAGUGACAGGGAAGUGUACAGAUGUUAUAUGGAGGGUAUGUUUUUACAAUAUGUGUUUGAGAUGCGUUUUUGAAUGUUACGUUGGUCGAUAUCUAUGAGGCUUUGGAUUUUGUCCUUAACCACCUUUUCAUGUUUCAUUGAAUUUAGAAUACAGCAAUAUAUAUUUUUGUUUUUUUAUUUUGGUAUCUGCGCACAUAGACUGCUGGACAACUACAGUACUUAUUUGGGGUUUUUUUACCAUUUGGAUAUUGAAAUCGAACAACCAGAAAUCAGGUUAACGUCUCUCCUCACCUGUACUUUGAUACCAAUAUGUGUGUUUUAUGUCUUCAGUUUUAUCAUCACCGGUCACAUUGCAACUGCAGGGCAGUUCAAAGAGCAUCUAAUUUAUUUUACUCCCCGAGAGAAAUAGAGGAGAGUACUUGAAUAUCGACAAGGUGUCCAACCACCAAGACGGACACUGUGCGCAGAAUUUAGAAACACAACAGCUAGCCAGUUAAAAGUCAUAUAAGGCUUACCAGCAUUUCACAACCCCUCAGCUACACUGAUUUAAAACUGAAUGUGAUCCUGCCACAGUUUGUUUAACUCAACAAUUUACAAAUUAUGUGAAUCUUGGUGUGUAUUACGCGCUCCAUAGCUAAGUGCUAGCAAGUGAAAAGGCACCUAAACAUGUUAGCAGUGACUACAUGCUAAAUACGGGGGAAAAUGACCCCCCAAAAAUGAACAUGAAAAGAAACUUCAGGGUGUAGAAAAGAGGUUGAAAAUGUUGGUAUUCCUUGUGUAUCCAGUACCUUCUGGAAUUUUAUUUCAUGUUUGAUUUUUUUAUACUUUUAUUUUGAUGUACGUCAUUCAGUUACGUUGUGUACCGUUGUGUUACUAUGGAUUCAUUAUCGCUCUUAGUGCCUUAAAGUUAAGCUACAAGAAAGAUGCAUACGUUCUUUAGCUAAAGUUACAAACCCCGAUACAGUGCAGUUGAGUUAGAACAAAUUUGAAAGACAAGGUACAACAUGUUGCUAUCUAGGGCUGCGUUAUAUGGAGAAGUACAAUAUCCCCAAUAUUGAGAAAAUAUUGUAGCAAAAUCAAUAUUGAGGUAUUAGAUGUUCGGAACCGUGUGAACUUUGAGUCAUUUUAAGGUACAUCAUCACCAUAUUUCCUUUUCUAAACAUAACCACAUUACCUUUACUUGCCUAAACCUAACCUCCAUAACUUAACGUCAAUUGCUUAACUUCACGUUAAGUACGUAAUGUCAUUCCUGGGGCGAUAAUUCGUAGAAUAUCGUACAAACUGUUGUAUGAGGAACGUUGCUUUACUGUAUUACAGCCUUCAAAACUAGGAAAAUACCAUACUUAUCAAUUACGAUAUCCAAAAUCUAAGACGAUAUCUAAUGUCAUAUCAUGGUAUCAAUAUAAUUACCAUAAACAAAUCAUACCUGGGUAAGACAAAAUUGGAUAAAAAAGCAAAGUAUUGUUAAUUUGGACUCAGCAGAGCGCAUGUCCUUGUUUUACCUCUGCUCUGAUGAGAACAUAGAGAUAUGUGUGAUAGAUCUUCCACUCAUUGCUGCACAAACUUGCUGAACUAAGGUUUCAAAGAAUUAUUGUUUGACAGACGUAAGAGGCUUUGUUUUUUUACAGUGUGCUAAUUCGGUUGAAAGAAUUUCAGUAUAAAUGCAGCAUUGAUGCAGGAUCAGUGUUCGGCUCCUGCAGAGGCCGUCAGAGCUGUGUCAUUCUUAAAUAAGAUGAGAUAUGUUAAUCAGUGUUUUUUUUUACACGUAUAAACAGCAGUACUGAAGCAAAUAUGAAAGACGUAUAUGAUUUUCUAUUGUUGGUUGACAUGACUUUUUUUUAAAACAAUAUCAAUAAAGGUUGAUUUCCAAGCUUC